AUGGCCAGAGGAGGGAAGGACAAAGGGGAAGAAGAGGAGAGGAGAAAGAAGGGAAGUGCUCGGUGGUGGUCUGCCCUCCGCCAGCGCCGCCGCCGUUAUUGCUGCACAGGAAGGGGAAGAACGAUGCGUGUCAGAGGAGAGCGCGAGGAGAAGGGCGAGACAUGUGAGAGAUUGAUGCACAGAGGAGGGACCUUUCCUCUGCCGCCGCCGGAAUCUUUGGUCGCCGCCAUCAUUAGUGCUUGUCUCAAUGGAGCCACUGGCGGGGUGUUGUUGCUGCCGGAACCACCGCAGGGUGUUGCUAGGAAUCGCUGCUGCCCUACUUCCGUUAUAAUUAGGUUCAACAUCCAUUGGCCUGGAGACGCUUCUGCUUUCGAUUCUAUUGAAUUUGAAAUCUUCGUUUCGUUGCAACCAUGAUCACUGUUGUGGGAGCUAACGCCGCUGCUAUCUUGAUUGAAACUGUUGCAUAGCUAGUAUUGGUCCAGCCAGCUGCCUCGUUAUAUUCCCGCCUCCUGGUUCCUUAAUCGCGA